CUGCACUAGACUCGCAACUCGUCACAUUGAUAAAAAAGAUAUAUAGCAGCGCAGCUCAAUUACACCAGUGCAUGCGCGCACAGUUGAAAAUCGAUCGUUGUGUUCACUUCCUUCACACCAUGGUUCACAUCCAGCUGCUCACAGAACAAGUUUAGCGCACCACCGCUACCCUCACACUUUUUCAUAUAACCUUUUUUCAGCACUAGGACAUAUGAGCAUUAAAUAAAUGCUGCGUCUCAACAUGCCUUGGACAGCAGCGAGGAUGACUCGCUUUGCCACGGGCCGAAACAGUUCGGAGCGACCACAGCCAGAGCGAACACAGCGGGGCAGAGGAGUGUCAGGAAGUCUUUGGUGUACACAUCAGUACGGCCUAUUUGCACUACUGUUUAGUGGCAAUGCAGUGUUUUAUUCUAUGCCUUUUUAUUUUCGUAUAUUAUUUCAAUUAAUACAAUUUAUUUAUUCAUGAAAUCAAGAUCUGGGCUUCAAAUCUUUUUUCCAAAUAUAGGUCGUAUUACAAUGGGGUUUGUGUUUAUAUUCGGACCAAUACGGUACAGCGGAUGCUCACAUGACGUUAAGCAUUUCCUGGUGCAUAAUGUGACGCUUCAGAACCUAAAAUCCCGUUUCUCCCCGUUGAUACGACAACACAUAACCGGCGUUUUCAGAAAUCUCCACUUUGGUUUUUAGAAAUGAUCGUUUUCUGUGAUAAGACAGGGCCUCGGACAGGGGGUGUUGCAGCACCCCCAAAACCCCUACUUCCCGCGGUACUGGGUGCAAUUUACAGCUGAAUGUAGUGCCAUGUUGUUAAACGAAAACCUACGCUAGCCUGGCUCGCUCUCGCGCAUCUCUGUUCGCGCUCGUGCAUGAUUGCGCGUCCAGGUACUUGGAAUGGGUGGAGUCAGAGUCAGCGUUGAAGGGGAGGGGGUAGGACCAUUUGAGUUGUGUAUUUUCAAAAUCUGCUGGCGUUUCGCAAAUCGCGUACCCAACCUUUAAGUUGUAACGUUACUAGUAGUGCAUAAAGUGUACCAGUGUCGCUUUCAAUGACGUUUAGAUAAUUUCAAGCCAAUCAUUGACAGAUAACAAUGUAAACAGGAAAUACCGGCAAGUUUCCACCUUACCCGAGUGAAGACGCGUUAGCACCCAAAUGAGAGGGCAAACAAAACAGUUUCAGUCAUUUAUUCUCUAAAAUGUGCUUGGACGGUAUAGGCGUGAGGUUAAGCUAUUUGAAGGCGGAUUUUAUAAUAAAUAAAUAAAUAUAAUAUUCCAACCAGCAAAACCGAAAUCGCGCAUAUAAUUCAACAUCAUCAUACUAAAGAAAUGGAUCGAUACGGUCACGGACAAUCCGUUCCCGGCGCAAAUCGCAUUGAAACUCCUCUUCCCAUUGCUCAAAACGAAUAGCCAUCUUUACCCUGCGUUAUUGUUGAAAUCUUUUAACGGUUCUUUAUCGUUAGUAUGGAACUUACACCAGCUAGAGGGGAGGUGUAAAAGAUAAGUUAUAACUUAGUGUUACGUUGAAACUAUCUGCUUGGUGCAACUGCUAUUUUUUUAGUAGAGUGUAAAGUCGAACGUUUGGGGGAUUUACGUUCAACGUAGCCUAAGUGGGACCUUACGUUCUGCUGGUGCAACUGGACCCUGACUUGGAGUAUUUGACCAUCAAAUGCAGGCCCAAGUAUCUUCCACGGGAGUUUACUGUUGUCAUGGAUACGGUUGUUUACAUAGCACCGAAUGCAAAUGCUAACUCCGCCCUCAGUCAGCUGUACAACGCCAUUCACUCUGUGCACGACGAAAAUGCUAACUUCCUGUUUGAGGGCGGAAGUUGAGCCUCUAGCUUCCGCUUGGCGGUUUGUUGACAUUAGCCGGCUGGCGGUGUGAGGUUAUUGUUCGCAAUGGAUCGGAAAAAACGAUUUACUUUUCAAAGGGCAGUCGGUGGUAAUAACCACCAUUGUUGUGUGCCACUUUGUACAGCCGGGGGGAGAUUCAACAAAGUUUUGAGCUUUCAUAGUUUCCCAAAGGAACCUACUUUACGCGCCCAGUGGCUUGUGAAAGUCAGAAGAGAAGGUUUCACCCCAACCACCAGCUCUAGAGUGUGUAGUCGACACUUUGAGCAAGAAGACAUAGUUAUCUCUUCUGUUGGAAAGCGGUGUCUUCGACCAAAUAUUAUUCCAUCCUUGUUCGGUUGGAAUAAUUACACCAAAAAAACUCAACGGCCCGGAGUUUGGGAUCGCCGGCCUCGAGCAACCCAGGCUUUGGACCGCGCCCCCGAGGAUGACCCCACCCCCGAGGAUGACUCCACCGUGGAGAUGGAAGUGGGUGAAAACAGUGUCUCUGGAUGUACUGAGUUGGCUUCGACACCUCUGAUGGAAGACCACGAUUACACAGCCAGCUCUUUCAUCGUGGUCGACCGUGAGAAAUUUGAGAGCAUGUCGAGGCAGAUCGAGGAGCUCACACGGCAGAUCGAAACACUGCACAUGGAGAGAUUUGGAUUGCAACGGUUUUCUACAUCACCAAGUGACAUUCGCUACUAUACCAGAUUUCCAUCAUAUGAACAUUUGAUGGCUUUUUGGGAUCUAAUUCAAGAGGCAACAAGCAGAAUGGUGAGAGUCACCAGUGGUCAGAAGAACCUCUCCACCAGUACAUCCACUGAGACCCCUAUGAACAGACCAACAAAACUGCUGCCAAUUGACGAGCUCUUCCUCUUCCUCAACUACCUGUCAACCGGGUGUACACAAAGGGAGCUUGGUCACAAGUUCAAUAUCCACAGAGCAACAGCAAGCAGAAUAAUUGUGACGUGGUCCAACUUUUUGUAUGCUUUGCUCGGAUCGCUCUCCAUCUGGAUGACCAGCAGAUCAGUGAGAGAAAACUGCCCCACAGAUUUCAAUGGGACCUAUGAGAACACCCAGGUCGUCCUUGACUGCACAGAUGAUGAGAUGCCAAGCCCCUACCUCCCUUCUGCUUCAAAGUGA